AUGCUUUUGGGUAUAGCGUUAACAUUCACUACGAUCCUGACUAAUGUGUUUAUUGACUUAGAUGGGGUUUUAAAUUAUAAAAAAAGUGUACCUCCAAACUUGAUACUUGAACCAGCAGCCAGACCAGAAAUAUUAAUUAAUAAUGAAGUCGAUAGAGUCAAGGCUUUAGAUUUUGAUGACAACAAUGAGGACAGUGAAGAUCCGUCAUAUAGAACAAGGAGAUCGAUAGAAUCAGAUAGUUUACAAAAAGUAAAGAAUUCUGCAUACAAGAAAGUUCUUACUAGUCGAUUACAAAGUCUUCUAGAAGAAUUGGAUAAAGAAGAAACAGUUAAAGAAGAUACUAUUACAGCAAAAGCAACAAAAGUUGGCGAAGAAACUGUAUUAAGGAGUAAAGAGAAAUUUGAAGUCAAGAGUGAAGAUUUGUUACAUUUUGCUAUGCACAAUAUAUUGUUACAAGGAAUAAUUGGACAUAAGGAUUUAAAUCAAGUUUAUAAUAAAGUUCAUGAUGUUAUAAAAAAAAUUAAUAGUAAUUCUGAAAAACGAGGAAUAGAUAAGUAUGUCAACAUGUUAGAGGCAAUCGUUAACUCCAAGGAAUCAAGUAAUAUGAAGUACAAUGAAGAACACAAAUUCUUUGAAGAAAUAAUUAAAUGUAAAAAGUUAAAAAAUGAAAUUGCUUAUCUACAGACCCUUGAGAUGCAAAAUACAACCGAUAGCAAUGUACAAGAUAAAGAUCAAAAACUGCUUAUUAAGACCGUUAUCGAAAUAAGUGGACCUGAUGACAAAUAUCAAAUACUAAAUAGCACGGAAGGAGAAAACAUAGAGGGACUGAUCAGAUUAAUAUACAACGGCAAAUCAGUUAAAAUAAGGCAAAUGAAUGAUGAUCAAUUGCUUUCAAAACAAGAACCUAAAAACCCAAAUAACGAUGUUGAACUAAUCGUUACUAAUAUUGAAAAAAAUCAAGAUACCCUAAAAACAAAGAAAUCAGGACAUAUAGCUAAUAUACGCAUAGAUAACUUAUUAAAUAAAGUCAUAGAACAAUAUUUGGAAUCACAUCCUUCUCUUCACUAUAAAUUAGAAAAAAGUACAGAAAUUGGAAGUUUUAAUAGGAAACGCUUAAAACGACAGAUUAAAAUACGGUACUUGAAUGACAAACCAACAUCAAUACCGACAACCAGUAAAUCUAAUAAAGAUGACGAUGAUUUGUACAUAGAAAUAGAAACACAUUUUGACAAAAAUGGUAUCAUAGGAGAGAAAAAAAAGAAGCUUGUUAGAUCUCUUAUAGAAAAGAUUCAAAAGGCAUUACGUUCUGAUAAUAAAGAAAAUGAUAAGAAUCCUGAUCAAGAUACAUUUAAGCAGAGGUUUCAAGAUCCAAUCGAUAAAGAUAGUCACACUUUUCCGAUAAAUAAAUCUCCACCAUUCGAAGCUAUUGAAGAACGAGAAGUAGAUCCAAUAGACAAAACUUUGGAUAAGCAUAAGUAUAUAUUUAAUAAGUUUGGUGGCUCUUGGAACAAAAUGAUCCAAGGUCCUCGAUUUUUGUCAUAUUCAAAAUCGAUAAAUUCAGCAGAAAUGAAAGAACUUAAUGUGAAUUAUGACAGUGUCACACAAAAUGGAAUUCCACAAAGAUUUCAAAAACCAUUAAAUGCUGAUGUGACAGGUGAAAAUAACAAUGUCACAUCAACAUAUGCAGACUCUGGUAAUGUGACCCUUUUUUUAAAAAAUAUUGAUGGUACAGGUUUUUCAAUAGGAAUAAACCAAUAUCUAGGAGAACCACCAGACAAAGAAAGUAUGAAGAUAUUUAAUGGCCUAGAAAAUCUUAUAAAAGAAUAUCGUCGACCUUACGAUCAAGAUGUUAGUAAUGAAUCAGGAUUAAAUGAAAUUAAUAAUAUUGCUGAAGAAAAGCACGACAUUAAAAAAAGGGACGUGAAAAAUCUUAAAACAAAACCUAUAACAGAAGUUAAACCUGGAUACUAUUCCUUUUAUACAAUUUUAAAAAAUAACGCUUUGCCUUUUAAAAAAUAUUUCAAUGUUUUUCAUAAAAAUCAAAAGAAACUUUUAAAUAAUAGCAAAAGUCUCGAUACUUUUAAUGAUUUGUACUUUAAGAAAAUAAAUAUUGUAUCAAAAAAAAUUAACUUAAGAGUAGAAAAUAAUGGUUUAAAUAGCAAGUUGAAUUCUUUAGAAAUAUCAAACAAAAAAGAAAUGAAUAAAAAUAAAAGAUCAGUAAGUGUGAAAAAAGUAUCAAAUAUAAAGUCCAAAAUUAAACUUAGCAGAUACCUUAAUACAAAUGCAAUGGCAAAAAAGAAAAUAUUUUUGAAGAAUAAGCGUAAUAAACGGCAGAUAGAUAAAAUACGAAUCAUUGCGAAAGAUCCAUCACGUGUUGCUGUUAGAAACUCAGAUGAAAAUAUAUUUUUAGUCUCUAAAGAAAAUACAUAUUCUGACAUUAGGGGAAUUGAAAGACCAGAAAUUUUAUUAGAAAAUAAAAAGAAAAAUAACUUUGAUGAAUAUUUUCCUUUCGGUGAUGAACCAAGCAAUAUACUUCCAGUGUACUCUGAUAAUUUAUAUAGCAAAAAAAUUAAUCAGUAUGGGUUAAUGUCAAAAUAUCCACAUAUAUUUAUAGACGAAAGAUCAAAUGAAGAAGUAAUGGAUGAAACUAGAUAUUUUAAAAAUGACAGAUCUUAUAGAAUAUUACCAAAAAGUAACGAUAAAAAUGUUAACGACGUUGAAACAACCACAUUUGAUGACGUACAUGAGCCUAAAAUCGACGAAAUAUUUAACGCUAUAAUGCCCCCAGCUUCACAAUCUAAAUUUAAAGUAACAGUUAAGUUAUAUCCGAAAAAUAAAACGAACAUAGAUGAGGGUUUUAAAGAAAUUUACACAAGUGUAAAUAAAAGUUUUGAUGAGGAUGGCUUACGAUAUUUUUCUGUACUUAAUGUUUCACAAAUAUCUAAAAUUGAAAAAUUAAAUAAAUCUUUAGAGGUGUUGAAAAAAAAUGAUACUAAACCGUUAACAGAUGAACUAAAAAAUCAAGGAAAACAAAUUAAUACCUUAUUGCAGCUACACAAAAAGAGAGUUGACCAACAGCUGGAAAGUUUGUUACGUGAAAGUCAACAUUUAGAACAAAUGAUCAAAGCGAAUAGUAAAAGUAAUGUUCAUAAAAUAAUAGACGUUUCGCACGAUGACCUAAAAACGGAUAAUUACGACAAAAAGAUGAAUGAAGUCCUGGAAUCUAUUAAAAAACUUCAAGAAACCUACAUCUCUGUUACCAAACCUAACACAGGAACACUUGAUAACAAAUCAGAAAUAAUAAACACAAUAAAAUCCAAUGAAAAAAUUACAUACGACAUUCUUAAGAAAAUAGAUAUUAAUACCCAAAUAUUAACAGCUUUCCUACAAAACUUUUCUAAUAAAGUUGAGCUAAAUAAACAAAACAGUACACCUAUGAUAAAACCAAGCUUACAUAACGAUUGGAAAUCUCCUCAAAAUUUUGAUUAUAAACAAUCCAAAAGCAAAAAUAAUACAGAGCAACUUAUGCUUGAUAAAAAACAUAAAACUCCGAUAGCAAAUGACUUACUCCCAACUUCCGAUUAUAACAAAGUUAAAGCAAAUAUCAAACAAAACGAAGUUAAACAUCAGAAAGCGUUGAAAAAUAUCGCCAGACGAAUGUCUAAUGAGUCAAAAUUCUUCAUGGAUGAAGUAGAUAGCGGUUACAAAAUUGCGCCCGAUAAGGAUUUUGAAGAUUUGAAAAUUAACGUUACUAAUAUACAA